AUGAAUAAUAAUAAUAAUUAGAAUUUUACAAUCUAAAAUAUCCCUGAACAUAUCAAUCAAUUAGUAAAUUUUAAGAAAUGGAGAAGAGUAGGUUCAAAAUUACAAGCAGCAAUCAUGAUAGGAAUAAUUGAAUAUUUUAUUUAUAAUAAUGAGAUUGAUAAAUUAAAAGAAAUAGUUUCGUCAACUUCAUGUUAAGGAAGCGAUAAAGCAAAAAAAUUUAAAUCCAUUUUAGAAUUAGGUUUUAAAAAUUGUUAAGGAACAUAAAUUAUUGAUUAUCUCUACUAAUAACUAAAAGAAAAGGAUUAAUAUAAUAGUUCUCCAUCAGAAUUUUUUGAAGUAUUUUUAAAGCAAAAAUUUAAAUAUACACUUUCAGAGUGUGAAUCGAUUGAAAAAAUUGAGAAGAUUUUUAAGAUAAAGUUGAUAAUUGAGAAAUGGCCAGCUGCCAUAAAUUAAAAUUGCUAACCUAUAGAUUCAAAAGACAAAAAUACGAUAAUUAUAUUUAAUUUGGAUUAGAAGUUUUAUGUAAUUUAAAAAGAUCUAAACCUUUAAAAUCAAUUCUGUUAAUAUUGCAAAAUUGAAAAAUAAGGAAUACUAAAAAUGUAAUGUAAACAUGUAAUUUGUCUGACUUGCUUAAAGAAUUUCUUCUUUAAAAAUUAAAAUGAUGUAAAUUGUAAUUAAAUUAACUGUCCAUCAGUAAUAAAAUAUUCAGAGUUCUAACUAAUAUUACAAAAACUUGGACAUGUUCCUUUAAAUCAAAAUAAUUAAGCAGAUCAAAUAAGCCCUUUAGAGAGUUGUGAUAUUUGUUAGACAAAAUUAAGUGUAGAAUUCUUGUUAAGCCCUCGAGAAUGUACUCAUCAAUUUUGUAUUUAAUGUUUACAAAUCAAAUUUAAAAAUAAUGUGCAGAAUAAUUUUGAUUGUCCUAUGGAUGAUUGCAAAAGUAAAUUAAAAUAAAUCUACUUACCUUCAAAUUCAACCAGUUAAUUAUUAAAAUCCUAAACAAUAUAAAAGUAAACAGACAUAAUUCGAAAUUCUGAUUCUUAAUAAAAAUAACAAUUAUUGUCUAAUGCUAUUAUAUCAAACAAUUAGAAAUCAAUGGAUAUAAAUUCUAAAUGUAAUUAUUGUUUGAAUUAACCAAAAGAUCAUAUUUUAUAUAAAUUAAAAUGCAAUCAUAUGAUGUGUUGGUUAUGCUUUUUAAAAAUUUAAAAUAGGCAUAAAGGAUAAUUCAUGUGUUAUGUGUCAAAUUGUUAAGUAAUUAUCGAAUUGACAGAUUUAAUUUAAUAUUUUUCUAUUACUUAAAAUUAAACGAUAUAAUCAAUAUGUGGUAAUUGCGAUUCACAAUGCAAUAAAAAGGAAUCAUUUUGUAAUACAAAUUGUAAUCAUUGUAUUUGUUUCUAAUGUGUCAUUAAUAUUUAUAAAUUAUAAAGAACCCCUAAGUGUAUUCGAUGUAAUAUAAUAAUAAAUGAGGAUUUUCUGGAUGAAUAUUAUUUUAAAUAAUAAGUUCAUUCAACAAAAGAUACAUCAGAAUUAAAAAGAUAUGAUCCAGAGUUUUAAAAAGAUUGCACAUUUUGUCAUUCACCUUUUACAGAAUACAAUAGAUAAUAAAAUUUGGAUUGCAAAUAUCAUGCAAUAGGUACAUGCUGUGCAAUUUUUCCUUUAGAUUGCCCAUAAUGUUAAAUGUAAUCGUUGAUUAUGGAAAAAUGUAUUGAAAUUAUUCUAAAUUAGAAAAAUUACAUUUUUUUUUAUUUUAUUAUGAUUAAGACUUUAUUUAGUGUAACACUUAAGGUAAAUAAAAAUGA